AUGAACCACAAUCAUUCUGUGCAUACACCUGAUCAGACCUUUACUACGGCGCUGUCACCCUCCCAUCCUCCCAUCCUUCCAGCCUCCCAUCCUUCCAGCCUCCCAUCCUCCCAUCCUUCCAGCCUCCCAUCCUUCCAGCCUCCCAUCCUUCCAUCCUCCCAUCCUUCCCCACUUCCCACCAGCCGCCCACCAGCCUCCCAUCCUCCCAUCCUUCCAGCCUCCCAUCCUCCCAGCCUCCCAUCCUUCCAGCCUCCCAUCCUUCCAUCCUCCCAUCCUCCCAUCCUUCCCCACUUCCCACCAGCCGCCCACCAGCCUCCCAUCCUCCGAUCCUCCCAUCCUUCCAUCCUUCCAGCCUCCCAUCCUUCCAGCCUCCCAUCCUUCCAUCCUCCCAUCCUUCCAUCCUCCCAUCCUUCCCCACUUCCCACCAGCCGCCCACCAGCCUCCCAUCCUCCCAUCCUCCCAUCCUUCCAUCCUCUCAGCCUCCCAUCCUCUCAGCCUCCCAUCCUCUCAGCCUCCCAUCCUUCCAUCCUCCCAUCCUUCCAUCCUCCCAUCCUCCCAUCCUUCCAGCCUCCCAUCCUUUCAUCCUCUCAGCCUCCCAUCCUUCCAUCCUCCCAUCCUCCCAUCCUUCCCCACUUCCCACCAGCCGCCCACCAGCCUCCCAUCCUUCCAUCCUCUCAGCCUCCCAUCCUCUCAGCCUCCCAUCCUCCCAUCCUCUCAGCCUCCCAUCCUUCCAUCCUCUCAGCCUCCCAUCCUCCCAUCCUCUCAGCCUCCCAUCCUUCCAUCCUCCCAUCCUUCCAGCCUCCCAUCCUUUCAUCCUCUCAGCCUCCCAUCCUUCCAGCCUCCCAUCCUCCCAUCCUCCCAUCCUUCCAUCCUUCCAGCCUCCCAUCCUUCCAGCCUCCCAUCCUUCCAUCCUCCCAUCCUUCCAUCCUCCCAUCCUCCCAUCCUUCCCCACUUCCCACCAGCCGCCCACCAGCCUCCCAUCCUCCCAUCCUCCCAUCCUUCCAUCCUCUCAGCCUCCCAUCCUCUCAGCCUCCCAUCCUUCCAUCCUCCCAUCCUUCCAUCCUCCCAUCCUCCCAUCCUUCCACCGCCCACCAGCCUCCCAUCCUUCCAUCCUCUCAGCCUCCCAUCCUCUCAGCCUCCCAUCCUCCCAUCCUCUCAGCCUCCCAUCCUUCCAUCCUCUCAGCCUCCCAUCCUCCCAUCCUCUCAGCCUCCCCUCCUUCCAUCCUCCCAUCCUUCCAGCCUCCCAUCCUUUCAUCCUCUCAGCCUCCCAUCCUUCCAGCCUCCCAUCCUCCCAGCCUCCCAUCCUCUCAGCCUCCCAUCCUUCCAUCCUCCCAGCCUCCCAUCCUCUCAGCCUCCCAUCCUUCCAUCCUCCCAGCCUCCCAUCCUCCCAUCCUCUCAGCCUCCCAUCCUUCCAUCCUUCCAGCCUCCCAGUGA